AUGACACCAGUGAUGGUGCAGAAUGUCCAAGUGACAUCGUCACCUCUGGACAGUGUUACACCUAUGACACCUGUGAUGAUGCAUGAUGUCCAAGUGACAUCGUCACCUCUGGACAGUGUUACACCUAUGACACCAGUGAUGAUGCAUGAUGUCCAAGUGACAUCGUCACCUCUGGACAGUGUUACACCUAUGACACCUGUGAUGAUGCAUGAUGUCCAAGUGACAUCGUCACCUCUGGACAGUGUUACACCUAUGACACCAGUGAUGAUGCAUGAUGUCCAAGUGACAUCGUCACCUCUGGGCAGUGUUACACCUAUGACACCUGUGAUGAUGCAUGAUGUCCAAGUGACAUCGUCACCUCUGGACAGUGUUACACCUAUGACACCUGUGAUGAUGCAUGAUGCCCAAGUGACAUCGUCACCUCUGGACAGUGUUACACCUAUGACACCAGUGAUGAUGCAUGAUGUCCAAGUGACAUCGUCACCUCUGGACAGUGUUACACCUAUGACACCUGUGAUGAUGCAUGAUGUCCAAGUGACAUCGUCACCUCUGGACAGUGUUACACCUAUGACACCAGUGAUGAUGCAUGAUGUCCAAGUGACAUCGUCACCUCUGGACAGUGUUACACCUUUGACACCUGUGAUGAUGCAGAAUGUCCAAGUGACAUUUUUACCUCUGGACACUUUGGAAACACCUAUGACACCAGUGAUGGUGCAGAAUGUUCAAGUGACAUCGUCACCUCUGGACACUUUGGAAACACCUAUGACACCAGUGAUGGUGCAGAAUGUCCAAGUGACAUCGUCACCUCUGGACACUUUGGAAACACCUAUGACACCAGUAAAUCCCAACAAAUGCAUGAUGCAGAAUGUCCAAGGGACAUCGUCACCUCUGGACACUUUGGAAACACCUAUGACACCAGUGAUGGUGCAGAAUGUUCAAGUGACAUCGUCACCUCUGGACACUUUGGAAACACCUAUGACACCAGUGAUGGUGCAGAAUGUUCAAGUGACAUCGUCACCUCUGGACACUUUGGAAACACCUAUGACACCAGUGAUGGUGCAGAAUGUUCAAGUGACAUCGUCACCUCUGGACACUUUGGAAACACCUAUGACACCAGUGAUGGUGCAGAAUGUUCAAGUGACAUCGUCACCUCUGGACACUUUGGAAACACCUAUGACACCAGUGAUGGUGCAGAAUGUUCAAGUGACAUCGUCACCUCUGGACACUUUGGAAACACCUAUGACACCAGUGAUGGUGCAGAAUGUUCAAGUGACAUCGUCACCUCUGGACACUUUGGAAACACCUAUGACACCAGUGAUGGUGCAGAAUGUCCAAGUGACAUCGUCACCUCUUGACACUUUGGAAACACCUAUGACACCAGUGAUGGUGCAGAAUGUCCAAGUGACAUCGUCACCUCUGGACACUUUGGAAACACCUAUGACACCAGUGAUGGUGCAGAAUGUCCAAGUGACAUCGUCACCUCUGGACACUUUGGAAACACCUAUGACACCAGUGAUGGUGCAGAAUGUCCAAGUGACAUCGUCACCUCUGGACACUUUGGAAACACCUAUGACACCAGUGAUGGUGCAGAAUGUUCAAGUGACAUCGUCACCUCUGGACACUUUGGAAACACCUAUGACACCAGUGAUGGUGCAGAAUGUCCAAGUGACAUCGUCACCUCUGGACACUUUGGAAACACCUAUGACACCAGUGAUGAUGCAUGAUGUCCAAGUGACAUCGUCACCUCUGGACAGUGUUACACCUAUGACACCUGUGAUGAUGCAUGAUGUCCAAGUGACAUCGUCACCUCUGGACAAAUGUCCAAGUGACAUUUUUACCUCUGGACACUUUGGAAACACCUAUGACACCAGUGAUGGUGCAGAAUGUUCAAGUGACAUCGUCACCUCUGGACACUUUGGAAACACCUAUGACACCAGUGAUGGUGCAGAAUGUCCAAGUGACAUCGUCACCUCUGGACACUUUGGAAACACCUAUGACACCAGUAAAUCCCAACAAAUGCAUGAUGCAGAAUGUCCAAGGGACAUCGUCACCUCUGGACACUUUGGAAACACCUAUGACACCAGUGAUGGUGCAGAAUGUUCAAGUGACAUCGUCACCUCUGGACACUUUGGAAACACCUAUGACACCAGUGAUGGUGCAGAAUGUUCAAGUGACAUCGUCACCUCUGGACACUUUGGAAACACCUAUGACACCAGUGAUGGUGCAGAAUGUUCAAGUGACAUCGUCACCUCUGGACACUUUGGAAACACCUAUGACACCAGUGAUGGUGCAGAAUGUUCAAGUGACAUCGUCACCUCUGGACACUUUGGAAACACCUAUGACACCAGUGAUGGUGCAGAAUGUUCAAGUGACAUCGUCACCUCUGGACACUUUGGAAACACCUAUGACACCAGUGAUGGUGCAGAAUGUCCAAGUGACAUCGUCACCUCUGGACACUUUGGAAACACCUAUGACACCAGUGAUGGUGCAGAAUGUCCAAGUGACAUCGUCACCUCUGGACACUUUGGAAACACCUAUGACACCAGUGAUGGUGCAGAAUGUCCAAGUGACAUCGUCACCUCUGGACACUUUGGAAACACCUAUGACACCAGUGAUGGUGCAGAAUGUUCAAGUGACAUCGUCACCUCUGGACACUUUGGAAACACCUAUGACACCAGUGAUGGUGCAGAAUGUCCAAGGGCCAUCGUCACCUCUGGACACUUUGGAAACACCUAUGACACCAGUGAUGGUGCAGAAUGUCCAAGUGACAUCGUCACCUCUGGACACUUUGGAAACACCUAUGACACCAGUGAUGGUGCAGAAUGUCCAAGUGACAUCGUCACCUCUGGACACUUUGGAAACACCUAUGACACCAGUGAUGGUGCAGAAUGUUCAAGUGACAUCGUCACCUCUGGACACAUUGGAAACACCUAUGACCCCAGUGAUGGUGCAGAAUGUUCAAGUGACAUCGUCACCUCUGGACACUUUGGAAACACCUAUGACACCAGUGAUGGUGCAGAAUGUUCAAGUGACAUCUUUACCUCUGGACACUUUGGAAACACCUAUGACACCAGUGAUGGUGCAGAAUGUCCAAGUGACAUAGUCACCUCUGGACACUUUGGAAACACCUAUGACACCAGUGAUGGUGCAGAAUGUCCAAGUGACAUCGUCACCUCUGGACACUUUGGAAACACCUAUGACACCAGUAAUGGUGCAGAAUGUCCAAGUGACAUCGUCACCUCUGGACACUUUGGAAACACCUAUGACACCAGUAAUGGUGCAGAAUGUCCAAGUGAUAUCGUCACCUCUGGACACUUUGGAAACACCUAUGACACCAGUGAAUCCCAACAAAUGCAGGAUGCAUGA